AUGGAUAGUAACGCGGGUUGGAUCAUUCCUGUGGCAUUACAAUUCUUUGCUCCCAUCUUCCUUCUAAUUCUCUGGUUUUGUGUCCCAGAGAGUCCUCGAUGGCUUUUAUCCAGGGAUCGAGUAGAAGAAGCCACCAAAGCUCUGGGUCGAAUUCGAAAGGACAAGUCGGAACAGAACAUUGAAUCCCGCACGAUGGUUGCCAUCCUGGCCAUGUUUGAGCAGCAAAUCACGGGUCAGGCAUUUGCCUCACAAUACUCGGUUAUCUUCUACCUCUCUCAGGGAUUCGGGCACAGAAGCUUUUUGUUCUCUGUCAUCAACUCCUUUCUCGGACUUAUAUGUCUGCUCAUUACAUCGUACACUGUCGACAUGGUCGCUUCUUUUAUGCUCUUCUCUGCAUCCUAUGCACUCUCGUGGGCUCCCAUAUCCUACGUGAUCGUAUCUGAAGCCGCAUCGAGUCACAUCAAGGAGAAGACCCACCUCCUCGCCUCUCUCAUCUCAGUCUUGACCACCUUUGUGACAUCCUUCACGCUUCCUUAUCUUCUUAGCAAGCCUUAUGCAGCGCUUGGAGCCAAGCUUAAGGGCCGAAGUUUGGAAGAGGUGGAUCAGCUCUUCGCAAGUGGACAGCCCUUGCACAAGCUUGGGUCUCUCAAGACGAGGACAGCAGAGGAGGCCUUCAGUACAGACUCCCAUGACCAGGAAAAAGCUGUGGUAAAAGAAACAGCGUGGUAG